CUUUUCUUCAAUACUACAUCAGCUGAGCAUUCCUCUACCAUGGACGACAGCGUCAGCGACUUAAACGUCUCUGCCAGCGAUGAUAACACCUCGCUCCGCGAGUUCCCCUCCAACCCGCGUUUCAGCAUCGACUCUUCAUACGUCCAUGGCAAUGACACGUAUGACCACGGCAAUGACACCUUUUCGCCAUCGAUUUUGACCCCAUCAGUUGUGGGCAGUUCCGUGGAUGUGCGCUCGUCGUUUGAGGACAGUACAUCGGUUUUGGGCGUCAACACGCUCAGCGAGGCCAGCGUGUCACCCCUCGGCGCCAACUCGAUCUACGAGUUGACAAACGGUGGUGACAAGCGCCGUACGCGUGGGAACGCACUUUUGAAGGUCCCCGCAACCCCACCCGUUCGGGGCCCCACCACCAAAGACAUCCCACCCAUCACUCUCUCUAAAAUCACCAAGGUCAAACAGACGGACUUUGAUGACUACCUCGCAGACGUGGAGACAGCGUACGGCAAGUACCAGUCGCACACCCGACUCACAGAGUCCACAUUGCAGGCGUUCAUCGAGCGCGUGGAGCAGGAGGAGAAGCAGAAGAACGGGGUCCAAGGCGAGACCGGGAACAUUGGGUCAAUCCCAAAGGUGUUUUUUGAGGGAGAGUUCCAUUUGGAUGAUCCGCGCGUGUUUGAGCUCGUUACAGAAAAGUCCCAGCUUCUCGCAAAUAGAGGGUAUAACAAAGAUCUCGUGGCAAACAGCAAUGCGAAGAACACUGUGGCAUUGACGAACAACAACCAGUUGCAGGAAAAGCUUUCGCAGUACCUCGAUACGGUGGAGAUCUACCUCAUCCAUGAGAUUUCAAAAACCUCCGGUUCCUUUUUUGACGCUUUCGGCGACCUCAAGGUAAUCCGUGAAGACUCUGCGCGGAGCGUGGAGCUUGCGGUGCUGGUGGAGCAACGGCUCAACAUCUUAGCCUCUGAAGAGGCUUCUUCCGCGCUCGAGGCCCUCACUGCAAUGCGGACGCAGCGGAAUGUGGCGAUUCUCGAACAGAGCAUGGUUCAGGUGUCAUUAGUGCUUGAAGAGGCGGAUAGAGCCGAGAGUUUGCUCACCCAGGGGUUCCUCGGUGAGUGUCUCGACAAAAUCGACCACGUGGAGGCUCUCAUCAAAGGAGAUACGCAGCAUCCAGCGGUCAAAACACUAAGUGGCACCUUACCCUUUCCAUUGGAAGACUUGACCCCUCUCGAAGCGUUGACCCCGCUCAAACGGCUAUUGGCCCAAUUAACCAGCUCGGUGAGCAACCAUUACAGAAGUAUCUUCCUCGACCUUAUGGUGAGCAACCUUCGGGAGCAGUACGAGGGCGCGGACGCCAACCAGACGUUGAUGCGGAUGCAGAGCCAGAUUCUCCCGGCCGACCGCAGGCCUAGGGUUCUUAACACACUGUACGCUGAGCUUCUGCCAGAGUUUAAGUUGAAAGCACUGGAGUAUAUAUCGGGGUUGUGCAGGUGUAACGAAGUCGUUCCUGCGUUCAAGAUGCUUAAUGAUAAGUACAUUGCCGAGGUGAAGACGAUUGUGCGGGUUAAUUUGCCUAAUGAUAAGGAUGCGGUGCCGUCCUCCGCCUCUGCGACCUCGGCUUCAACCCGCCCCAACUCGUCGUCCUUGCUUCCGGCCAGCUUGCGCGAGUUGAUGCCGACAGAGUACCAGGCGAUGCUCACACUGAUCUACACCCAGCUCUCGGAGUGUUUGCGGCGCAUGGCUCACCAGCAGAAGUUUGUCUUGGACGUUGCGUUGGGCGCGUUGGAGCGCCAUCCGUCCAAUACCGAGUCCAGCAUGGCGGUGGACAUCACGUCAACCAUUCACGCGUGUGUGGACAUUCUCCAGACGCGGAUGAAGAAGAUUAUGACGGUGCGUACGUCACAGACGAACAACGUGACGCUUCCGUUCUUUGCCAGAUUCUACGCCCUCAAUGCUAGCUUUCUCAACGAGUGUGAGCUCAUCACGGGGGGCUUCAACACCAGCAACGUGCUUCAGGAGUACCUCUUCUCCCAAACCAAGAGCUACUGCGCGCACUUCCACCAGACCAAUGUGCGUGCCUUUGCAGAGAGUAUCGACAGGGAAACCUGGAAGGAGGUGACUGGAAGCGAGGUGCAAGCUGUGGUGGACGGCAUUGUCCAUAGCGGUACAGACGGUGCCGUUCCUCGCGAAUGGUUGGAUUUGUAUCUUUUAUACGAAACUGAAGCGGCUGCGGAAACGCCUGAAGCGAAGGAAAUGGUGACCCGGAUCUCCUUCGACAACUCCCGCUUUGUCAUCCCUCAGACCGUGGCUACGCUCUUGACCUACACCAAGCAGUACCUUUUGCUCAAGACACUCUAUCCCAAUUUCACGCAGAUUUUCGAGGCCAACGUGUGCGAGCUCAUCCGCGUAUUCAACUCCAAAACUAUCCAGUCCGUGCUCGGCGCCGGCGCAACUCGCACCGCCGGCCUCAAACACAUCAGCACGAAGCAUCUCGCGCUCGCAUCGCAGGCGUUGGACGUAUGGCUUCACCUUAUUCCGUAUGCAAAGAAGGCGUUCAACAAGCGCCUGGAAAGCGACGAAUGGGACAAACUUCUGGCGGCGCUCCAGGAGCACCAGGGCGAGAUCUUCAACAAGUUGGUGUCCAUUAUGAGCGACCGUGUUGGUACUCAUUGCGUGGCUGCCAGGAGCAUCAAUUGGUCCGAGGGUCUCGAGGCCCCGGCCCAGUGCCACAAGUACAUGGAGGUCUUGGUCAAGGACACCGUCACGAUUGCGCGGGUGUUGCAAAAGUACUUGCCGGAGCUUCAGGCGUCCUUGAUCCUUUCGCAGGUCUUUGCAGUCUACAAGCGGAGCUUGUUGGAGGAGUAUUCUCGCGUGGUGUUCAAAGACUCUAUUGAGAAGGCGUAUAUGAUGAAGGAUGUGGAUUACUUCCGGGCCAAGUUAUCCGACUUGCCUGGCUACGGCAACUCAGGCCAGAUCAUCUGGGAGAACGUUAAUGCCACCCCAACGGCGGAGGAUGCCCGAAUGGAGAUGAUUAUGCGGAACAACAUUGUCAGCGAAAGAGCCUCGUUUGAGGAGAGGGCAGAGGCGGAAGUCGAGAGGUUGGCCUCUGAUAAAUUAGCUGCUGAGAAAGCAGAGACUGAGAAGUUAGCUGCUGAGAAAGCGAAAGCUGAGAGGUUAGCUGCUGAGAAGGUAGAGGCCGAGAAGUUAGCUGCUGAAAAGGCCGAAGCCGAUAGAAUUGGAGCUGAGAAGUUAGCUGCUGAGAAAUUAGCUGUUGAGAAGGCAGGAGCUGAGAAGGUGGAAGCAGAGAGGUUAGCCGCUGAGAAGUUAGCCGCUGAGAAAGCGAAAGCUGACAGGUUAGCUGCUGAGAAGGCAGAAGCUGAGAGAAUUGAAGCUGAAAAAUUAGCUUCUGAGAAGGCAGCGACCGAGAGGUUAGCUGCUGAAAAGGUCGAUGCCGAUAGAAUUGAAGCUGAGAAGGCGAAAGCUGAGAAAGUAGCGGCCGUGAAGUUAGCGGCUGAAAAGGCUGAGGUCGAGAAGCAAGCUAUUGAGAAGGCAGCUGCCGAGAGGUUAGCUGCUGAAAAGGCUGAAGCCGAUAGAAUUGAAGUCGAGAGGUUGGCGGCUGAGAAGGCUGAAGCCGAGAAGCAAGUUGCCGAGAAAGCAGCGGCCGUGAAGUUAGCCGCUGAAAAGGCAGCUGCUGAGAGGUUAGCGGCUGAAAAGGUCGAAACUGAUAGGAUUGAAGCCGAAAGGUUAGCAGCUGAAAAGGCUGAAGCCGAUAGAAUUGAAGCCGAGAAGUUAGUGGCUGAAAAGGCAGAAACCGAGAAGCAAGCUGCUGAGAAGGCAGCUGCUGAGAAAGUCGAAGCCGAUAGAAUUGAAGCCGAGAGGUUAGCGGCUGAGAAGGUUGAACUCGAGAAGCAAGCUACCGAGAAGGCAGAAGCCGAGAGGCUAGCUGCUGAGAAGGCGGAAUCUGAAAGGUUAGCUACCGAGAAGGCUGAAGCUGACAGGAGUGAAGCCAAGAAGUUAGCUGCUGCGAAACUAGUUGUUGAGAAAGCAGAAGCUGAGAGGUUGGCUAUGGAGAAAGCGGAAGCUGAAAAGCUAGCGGCCGAAACAGCUGAAGCUGAGGGACUUGUUGCUGAGAAGCUAGCUACGGAAAAGAUUGCAGCUAAAAAGCUGGCUUCUAAAGCUGAAGACAAACGAUUUGCUGACAGCAAGGCUGAAGAGGAAAGGCUUGAAGCUGAGAAGUUUGCUGCUGAUAAGGCUGAGGCGGAGAGGAUUCAAGCCGAGUACUUAGCCGCUGAGAAGCUAGCUGCAGAAAAGUUCGCUGCAGACAAGGCUGAGGCUGAGAAAAUUGAAGCUGAAUACUUGGCUUCUCAGAAGUUGGCUAUGGAGAAGGCAGAAGCUGAGAAGUUAGCUGCUGAGAAAGUGGAGACUGAGAAGUUAGCUGCUGAGAAAGUGGAAGCUGAGAGGUUGGCUGCUGAAAAAGCAGAGACUGAGAGGUUAGCCGCUGAGAAAGUGGAAGCUGAGAGGUUGGCUGCUGAGAAAUUAGCCGCUGAGAAAGAGCAAACUGAGAGGUUAGCUGCCGAGAAAGCAGAGACUGAGAGGUUAGCCGCUGAGAAAUUAGCUAUUGAAAAGGCAGAAGCUGAGAGGUUAGUUGCCGAGAAAGCAGAAGUCGAAAGGCUAGCCACUACGGUAGCUGCUACGACUAACAUAGUCAAGGCUGAAACUGAGAACAUUGAACCUGAAAGCGCUUCUGACGAUAAAUCUGAUGCUGAAAACACUGUCACCGAAACGAAAGCGGUUGAAAAGACCGGAUCUGGAAAGCUGCUGUCAAAAAAGCGGAAAAAGCUGAAGCUGCGGAAGCGCUAAGGGUUGAAAAAACCAACUGUUUGACAAGUCGUUUUCCGAGAAAGGUUUAACCUCCCACGUUCAAUGAGAUGCCAAUAUAAUACCCAUCUACAAUCUUCCCACAGAAAUCUGAGAGUUAUAUCUGGUAACUCGAAAGUAUUUCCGAUGAGCGAACCUCCACUUAGUAUUUCCAUCUACAGAUUUAGAAACUAGAUAAAUAGUUGAGAAUGCCCCUUGUUCAGUCCAUACUUUCUGUGUAAUCAAGACAUGUUACACCUGCUGUGGAGUAUAUAAACC